CCGGAAGUACCCUGGCGAACUCUCUCUGACCUCGCGCCAUUCUUCUCGGGCAAAAGGGAAACAUCGCAAAUCCGUGGCAAAACCCUCCCCGUCAGGCCAUCACUCACACCUCAGAGAUGAGGAUAGCAGUGGAAGGGUGUAUGCAUGGGGAAUUGGACAAUGUUUACGCAACCCUAUUACAUUUGCAAGAAGUGGAGAAAGUAAAGAUUGAUCUACUCCUUUGUUGUGGUGACUUUCAGGCUGUUAGGAAUGAAAAGGAUCUGGACAGCUUAAACUGCCCUCAACAUUACAAGAGCAUGAAGUCUUUCUGGAAGUACUAUAGUGGGGAAAAAGUUGCACCAUUUCCCACUAUAUUUAUUGGGGGUAACCAUGAAGCAUCCAACUAUUUAUGGGAAUUAUACUAUGGAGGAUGGGUGGCACCAAAUAUAUACUUCCUCGGGUUUGCAGGAGUGAUCAAGUUUGGAAAUAUUCGUAUCGGUGGACUGUCUGGAAUUUAUAAAGAGUAUGAUUAUCAUAAAGGGCACUUUGAAAAGCUUCCCUACGAUAAGAAAGAUGUUCGGACUGUUUAUCACAUCCGUGAGUAUGAUGUUCACAAGCUCAUGCAAGUUGAGGAACCAAUUGAUAUCUUCCUUUCACAUGACUGGCCACUUGGCAUUACUAACCAUGGGAACUUGAAAGAUCUUCUUCGGGACAAACCCUAUUUUGAGGAAGAGAUCAGAAAAGGGAUUUUGGGUAAUAAACCAUCUGCGGAAUUGUUGGAUGGAUUGAGACCCAGUUACUGGUUUGCGGGACACUUGCACUGCAAAUUUGCUGCACUAGUUCAACAUGGGGAGGAUGGCCUUAUCACAAAGUUUCUUGCGCUUGACAAGUGUGUUCCAGGAAGAAAGUUUUUGCAGAUUGUUGAAGUUGAAUCAGGACCAGGACCGUAUGAGCUGCAUUAUGAUGAAGAGUGGCUGGCAAUCACAAAGAAGUUUAACUGUGUUCUCCCUUUAACAGUUCAGCGUGCAAAUCUUAGUGGUGCAACACUUGACAUGCAAGAAUGCCGUCAGUUUGUGAGAGACAAAUUGCAGGCAAGAGGGGCCAAACCUUUUGAUUUUGUGAAGACAGUUCCAUGUCAUGAUCCUUCGGCUUUGGUUGCUAAUAGCUCCUUUUCUGGACAUUGUAGGAAUCCUCAAACUGUAGGUUUCUUUCAGUUUUUAGAGCUUGAAUAUCUUCUUGAUGACAAGUCAAGGCAGGUAGCAGUUAGUCCAGCUUCAUUUACUUCUAAAGUUGCAGGCUCCUUUGAUUGUGUUAGUGAAGACAUUCCCAUUGAUGAUGUGAAUGAUGAGGAAGAACUCAAAGCAGAUGAGAUGUAAAUGUAGAAGGGAUACUUCCUGUUACUCUCGGCUAAUUGGGUUCAUUAUUCUGGAGAACAACACGAGAGGAUUCAGCUAUGUUUCCAAGGAUUACUGUCUUUUCCACCUUGAAUAGUUUGGUUAGUGAUAACUUAGGAUAAUUUGGUUCGUUAUGCUGGAGAGCAGCAUGAACAGAGGCACUGUGUGGGAUUUGUUCAGGAUCCAUAGAAGUAUCAUCCUUCAGGCUCAAUAGAAGUAUCAUCCUUCAGGCUCAAGACUUUACUUUUGCCAAAAGUAGGCUAUAAAUGCAGGCACUAUAUGGCUGAUGAUAGGAUAAAUUUCUUGUUGAUAUGUACUCGAACUCAGAUCCCUAUAGCUGAUGAUAGGAUAAAUUUCUUCUUGAAUAUGUACUAGAAGUCAGACCCUUACGCCUUAAUAUCGGGAUGCCUGUAACAAUUUCUUUAUUCCGACAUGAUGCCAAGCCUUAAGAGUGUUGUUACUUGAUGAUUGUUUUGCCUUGAGAAGUGUCAUUUGGUUCCUC